CUUAUCUCGUUGUAGAAGAUCUCAUAAAAGAGAUUUUUCAAAAUUUGUAAUAAACCAUAAAAAUUAUGAACACUGACAUAUAUAUAAAACAUAAAUGAAACCUAUAUCGACAAAUUUCAAUCGUAUUUUUACGUUCAAAAUCAUAAUAGUCUAUAUAUUAUAAAUAUAGAUGUAAGUUUAAUAUAAAUCUUAGAAAAUUGUCCGAUUCUUAAAGUUACAUCGAUGGCUGCCAAUAAUCGAUGCAAUCGCACGAGAAAUCAGAUUAAACGACAAGUUGAAUUGAAUGCCCCCUUGGCCCUACCCCGAACGCAAAAAAAAAAAAUGAGAGAAAAGAUAGAAAAAACUAAUAUCAGCAAGUACAUUAAUUUUUAUUUUUUUAAAUGUAAAAUAUGCAAUAAUAUCGAACAACGAUUAUUUUUAAUUUAUUAACAUUUUUCUUUCCCCUAUCUCCCCUAUCCCCUUCCCUUUGUGCUCUCUGAUAUAAAAUAAACGAAUAAAUAAUAAACAAAAAGAUCGAUAAAUAUUUCGAAUAUAAAUAAGGAAAGAGAACGUAAAGAAAAAAAAAGCGGGCGAAUGAUCGAAAGAAAAUAAUAAGACGUAUUUAAGCCAUGGAAUGAUCUUUCGAAUAGAGGAUAAAUAUCGUUGGCAACCCUGAACGCGCUAUCGAGAACUCGAGCAACAAGAGAGAAGGAAGUAUCCAUCUACACAUCCAUCCCAUCUAGCAUAUAGGAGGGCCCCGUUGCACGUCGGGAAAGGAACAUGUACGUACGUCGUAGGAGAGACGUAAAGCGUUAAGCUUGUACAUCGCGUUUGUGUUCAAAGUUUCAAUCCACGUUAGCAGUUUCGCGUGUGCGCGCGGAAAGAUCGCAUUUGCGUGGUGUUAUAAUACCGUUUCGUUGUAAGAAAAACGAAGCCACUCUCUGCCUUCCUUACCUCCUCCUGCUCCUCCUCUGUCGCUGCUGCUUCUGUUGGUGGUGCUGCUGCCGCUGCCGUUGUUAGUGGUGGUGCCGUGUAUUUGGUGCGGUGAGAGAGGCGAGGAGCGAGAAGAAGAUUUAUACUUUGUUCCCUUUUCUUUCUUUCCUUUUUUCUUUUCUUUUCUUUUCCUUUUCUUUCCUUUCCUUUCCUUUUUUCCCUCUCAUUCUAUUUUUCUUUUCUUUUUUUUUUUUUUUUCUCUUCGAGACCGAAGCCUAUUUCAUAGAAUUAAUGAUAUGUGCUCUCGCUAAUAAAGCAAGUAUCAUUAACUCGUUAAAAACCCCGUGGAAAAAAAAAAAACUAUACGUUUCAUUACGUGUCUCUCUGUGAAAUUUUGUACGACAUAAUCACGAUAAUUCGCGGGCUAAGAUGCCCAACGUGAAUUCUGCGGGCAACAACGUCGACGUACAACGAACCAGGAUCAACGAAAAGGUGCGCGGUCAGGGGGACGACGCUCGCUCCUGCUUUCCCGCGAAUAUAUCACCGAUCCGGUCGUUCCACCUAUCAUCCUAUCAAAGAGACGACCAAUUUUAAAAGACUUCUGUUUGGUGAUCUUUCUUUCUCUUUCUCUGUCUAUCUGGCUGUCUCUCAUUCUCUCACUCUCUCUCAUUCAUUCUCUCUCUCUCUCUUUUUCUCCCCUCUCCCUGUGUCCCUCUGUGUUCCUCUUCCUCUUCCUCUUCACUCUUCACUUCUCGUUGGUGAUAUUAUAAUCAGAAGAGAAGACAUUUGAUCGACAUCGUCCGUUACGUCGUUUAAAACAACGCUUUUUUACGACGUUUUAUAUAUAUCUUUUUCUUCUGAACUUUGGAGAGAGCAUGUUGCUGUUAGAUAUAUUAGAAGAAAGGUUAAAAAAGAGACGAUCUAUUUCCAAUUUGAAGAACACAAAGAACAUGUUAAUUGGACUAAUUUAAGUGUUUGUGAUAACGCAAUAAAACAAGCUAAUAUACUUUGUAAUUUUAUAUGAUCCUUUAAUCAUAGAUCUGAAAGCAGUUCUAUGAAAUUUACUUGUCAAGUCAAUGUUGAUUUUAUAAAGAAAUAUAUCCAUUUAUCGUGCUAAAAUGUGCGAACAAACAGAAAUAAAUUAUUUGGAUGGUGAUAUCGUUUGGGUGAAGCUAGGAGGAUGUUGGUGGCCAGGACAAGUUACUGGUUUUCAUAAUUUACCAGAAGACAUUCAACGUGAGUUUCAAAAGAAACCAUUGAUUGCUGCUGUUAAGUUCUUCCAAGAAGAUACAUAUGAAUACGUCAAAAAUUAUCAACAAAUUUAUAAAUAUAAUUGUACGCUCAAAGAUGAAUUUAUUAGGAAAGGUUUGGAUAAAUAUAGGAGUAAGAUCAAAGAUGGUGCUAGUUACAUGUCCAAAUUUCCUGGUGAUGUUGAAAUGGCAGAAAAACUGACUGGAGGAAAUCCAGAUAUAUUGAAUAGUGAUAAAUUUAGUCCUGAAGAAAAGCCAGAUAUAUCUGCAUUAUUUGGAGAUAAAAAAGUGCAGAAGAAGAAAAAAGAUCGAGAUGAUUCACAUAGAAGGAGUGAUGGUACUGAAAAUAUAAGAAAAAUUACACAUCCUCGAUUUUUGAAAGAAAGUGAUCACGAAGUUCGUAUUCGUCAGCAACCAAGUAGCUUACCUAGCACACCGAAUAGCUUAUCUUCUCCACAAUAUCCUUGUCAUUUGUGCAGUUUUACUUCUUCUCGAGUUAACGUUAUCAUUUGUCACAUAAAAAGUCAUAGAUCUGGUAAUUCAUCUGUGGCAAGAUCAAGAGUGAAAACUUAUUCGCAAUCGAGAAGUAAAGAUUCUGAUACACCUAAGAGAAAAUACGUUAAAAAGGAGAAGAAUCAACAUAAAAGUAAAAUUGAAAAUACUAUGGAUUCAGGAAAAAGAAAACAAAGUAAACAGAAUGAAAAAGCCAACAAAAAGAAGAAAUCAGACCCUGAACUUCGUGAAAAACUAUUAGCAGAUUGGGACGAUGAAUCUGAUGAAGAAAUCAGUUUUGAUCAAAAUAAAUCUUUUAAUACUAGUACAAGUAGAAGUUCACCCACAAGAGAUCAAUCAUAUAUGGAUGUUAGCGAAGAGCAUAAGGAAGCAACACCUUCGGAGAUUACAGAUACCCAUGAAAUUCUUGCAGAAACUGAAAAAUUACUUAGGGAAACUGAAAAAUUUGCAUCCAUUAAUAUAGAGGCAGAUGCAUUGACUAGUAGUGCACACAAAGUUGAAUGUAAUAUAGAAGAAAAAGAGCCAUUAUCUCCAAAUCUUGGUAAAGAUGAAUUAACAGAUAAGUUCAAUAAAGAGAAAGAAACGACAAAUUUAGAAUGUGAGAAUAAACAUUCUACAUCUGAUAAGGAUGACAAAAAAUCUCGAUUAUCUUGUUUUGAUUUCGAUGAAGAUGAUGUGCCUGAGCCAUCUAUACCACCUGUAAGAAAAAUUCCAAGAGUUUUUGGUGAAAAGAAUUUAUCUUUAAAGAAAGAAAUAAUUAAAGAAUUUGAAAUGAGUCAAGCUUUAAGAACAGAGAAAGAAGUGGAAAGUGAUAAAAUAUCAGCUACAGUGGAACAUGACAUAUCUAAGAAGAGUAAUAAAACCGAUGAAACUAUAUUAAAAAAUAAUUUAGAUGUACAAGAUACUGAAAAGAUCGAUGAUAGUAGUAAAAGUUCAGAUACAAAUGAUGAAACUAAUAAUAAGUUAGUUGAAAGUGAUGAAAACAAAAGUGAAAGCAAAAGUGAAAUAAUAUCACAAGACAAUGAAAAACAAAAGUCUAGUAAUAAUUGUGAAACUGAAUUAGAAAUAGUAGAAAUUGUUGAAGUUGAAAAGGAAGAGGGUGAAGAUACGAAUUCUGCAAAUAUUAAAAUUGAUAAGGGAUCAGAGCCUAAAACUUCUUCAAUAGAUAAAAAUGAUUCUGACAAACUUAUGACAGAUAAUGAAACGUGUGUAGAAGACAAGACCACAAUUAGGGAAACACCACCUGUUACAAAUAAUAUAAUAGAAAAAAUGGAAGUAAGUCAGGAUAAUACAAUUGCAAAACAAAUGGAUGAUACACUAUCAGAACAAUUCACUACAGAAACAGAGGAUGAAACUGUUUCUGAAUCAGCAGAGACUCUUCCUGAGCAAAGUGAAAGCUCUGAUAUGGAUUUGACUGAAGUGCCUAAAUCUGAGAAGGAUAAUAUUUUAUUACGUAAUCCACAAGAAAAAUUGACUUUCAAGAUUAAAAGGAAAAGAGGGAGGCCACGAAAAAGUACAGAAUCUGUAGAUACUUCUAUUGAUGAUAAUGAAAAAGCAUUAAAAGAUAAUAGAAGUAGAACAUCAGAAUCUGAUACUGAUCGUUCAUAUACUGCAAGGAAAAGAAAACCAAAUAAAAGAUAUUUAGAGUCAGAUGAAUCUACGCAAGAAGAAAAAAGCAUUUUUAAAACUGAUGAUAGCCAAUCUGAGGGCGAUGAAAGAUUUCAUGAAAAACCAAAGGUUAAAUCUAGAAGGGGGAAAAAAUUAAUAGGACAAAAAAAGAAGAAUAUUGAUUCAAUGAAGCAAAUGGAAGAAUUGGAACUGUCUGAAGAAAUGAUGGAAGUUACAGAAGAUAAUGUCAAAACGGCGGAACUUAGUCCAAAGCAUGUUUCUUCUGAUCAAAAUGAUAUUGCAACAAGUGAAAUAUCUUUGACGCUGGAAAAGAAAUCUUUGGAUGAUGAAAUUAUUAGCAGUACUUCUCAAAAAACGUCCCUUGAAUGUACAAAUAUGGAAGUUAAUGAGGAACAAUCAGAUACAACUCUUUUGUCAGAGAGUAUAACAUUAUUACCACCCAAAGAUGCUAUAAUUGAACCGCUAAAGGAAGAAACUGAAUUAUUACAAGUUAUGAAUCAGGAAACAGAAACAGAUCUUAUAUUAAAUAAAACUUCUCUUGAUGAGGAAUUAUUAAAGAAUGAAAAUGAAAGCGCUUCAAAAACAAUGGAACUUCAAACUUCUAACAAUGCAGAUAUACAAAAACAAUCAGAUGUUUCAAAAACUACCAUUGAUAUGUUACCACCAAAGAAAUCUCAAAUAAAAAAAUUUGAGUUGUCACAGCUUGAUAUUCCUUCUGAAAGCACUACCACAGAUCAUGAUACUGAAUCUCAAGAAGAAGAAAAUAAAUUCAUUAAUAUUGAGAAUAAGGUAAAUACAACAAAGCCAACAGAUUUAGAAAAUGUUUCAUCAGAAAGUGUUUCAUCAGAAAAUAUUGAAAAAACAGAAAGUAAAACAUCGACUGAUCUAAAUGUUGAAAUUGAAAUGAAAGAAAGUAUAGAAAUUACGACUGCAGAAGAUAAAAAAUCACAACAAAUACAAAUUGAUACACUUGUCUCAGAAGAUAUUGCACAAUGUGAUAAGCAAAUAGAAAGUAAGAAGUCCCCUGAAAAAGAAGGGCAAGAUUCUAAAUCUGAGGAUAUAGAAUCAAUGCCUAAGGAUGUUAUGAAGACAUCGAAUGAUUCACAUACAUUGAAAAAAUUAAUGCAAACUAGGUAUAAAGGAAAAGUAAUUCCAGAAGCGGGAGUAAAAUCAAAAAAAGAAAAAGAUAGUUUCUUGGAUGAGAAACCAAUAAAUACAUUUCAAGAAGCUUUUUUAAAGACUUUACAGAUGGACAAGAAAAAAGACGUUUUAGAAGAUAACGAAUUAAUUUCUAACAAAGGAAAAGAAGGUAAGAAGUCAAUUAAACGAAAAAGUGAUGAGCUCAAUAAUGUAAAUACAGUAAUACUUGGUAUACAAGAUGUCAAAGUUGGAAAUGUAGAAGACAAUAAAGAUCUAUCAGAAAAUGUUUCUAAUCUACAAAGUCAAGAAAAUCUUUCAGAUGUUUCCAUUAUGAGUGGGUUUCAUGGCGUUGAAGUAGUAGUACAAGAGAAUAUUGAAACUGAUGCAAAAGUUGAUGAACCUGUCUUGCAGAAUACUAAUCAAACGCCAUCUUCAUCUCAUGACUACAAUCUAAUAUCACAAACUCUAUUACCAAUGAUAGAAGAUACUGCAAAAUCUACAAAUUUAGACUUUCAAAAGAUGGAGGAAUCGCCAAAAGUAGAAGUUCCUGCUCCUUCACCGACCUCCGAAGCUAGUAUACCGGUAAAAAAGCGUGAAAUGCCAAGAAUCAUAGAAAAUGUUGCUUUAACAGAGCCAAUGCAAAUUUUAAAAUCAAAACUAUUAGACAAAUUACCCCAGAAAGGAAUAAAACAUAAAUUAGAUAGUGAUACAAAAAGAAAUGAUCCAAAAGGAAGUCCAAAAGCAAAAAUUAUGAAAAUAGAAUCUUUACCUUCUAACAGUAAAAUGAAAACUGGAUUAAAGGUAAAUUCUCCGAAUCUUUCGUUAACGCAAAAACUUCAAGUUUUAAAGGCUGAAGAAACUGAAAAUGCUGCAAUUGAAAAAGCAAAUGUACAAACAAGUCAGGCCCUAACAGCAGCAUCAUCAGGAACUGAAAAAUAUAUUCAACAAAGUUCACAAAGUUUGGCUGAUAUGGAGUUAGAUAUUAAUUCAAUGCCAUUUGUUUUAAGUGAAGAUGUAUUAACCCCAGAAAAUAUAGAACAAAUGCCUGUUGUUAUAUCAUCUAUCAUACCAGCAUCUAGUUCAGUAGCACCUACAUUAUCUCUUACUCCUACUACUCAGGUUGUAACGCCUAAUCAAAUGCAACUUAAAUCUGUAAAUGAGAGUACUUCUGAAGCGUCACCUGCAAAAAAGAAAAGUGGAACACCUGCAAUUCUGAAGAAUAAAUACAGGGCAAAACCUAUAAUUACAAGUAUUAGAACAAUUGUACCACCGCUGACUGGAGGUGUAAAAGGAUUAAAAUUCCAAAACACACCAGCUGGCAAAGCACCACCUAUUUUAACACAAAAGGCAUCACCUGGAAAAUAUGUAGUAGUACAUACAUCUGCAGGUCCACAGUUACGGUAUAGCGUACAGGGGAAAUCUGGAGGGCAACAAAAAAUUGCUGUAUCACCAGGGAAAGGUACAGGAAAUCCUCAAGUAGUACAUCAAGGUGGAAAAGUAGUCAUAUUUACAUCAGCACAAUCUGGUCAAACGAAGAUGAUACCAUUAAAUAUAUCAAAAACAUUAAGUGGUAAGAGAAUUAUGACAAACAAAGGUCAACUUCUGUGUCCUAUCAGUCCACAAAAUAUUGUAUCUUCAAAGACUAUUAUUGCUCCAAAAGGAGACAGCAAUUCACCUACAACAUCUAAACUUGGUCCAAAAAUUAUAAAUACACCAAGUAUUAUUACUUCCAAAGGAGUGUUGACACCUUUAUCAGGAACUAUUACAAAAACUGCUUUAUUAGGGACCUUGUCGCAAAGUAUUCUAACAAAAGGUGGAAUAUAUACUCCUAUAAGCGCUUCUGCUUUAGGAGGUAGAACAAUUAUAAAUUCUAAAACUUUAGUUACAAAAGGUGCUACAAUAUUACCUUCUCAAAAUUUAGGUGGACCAAAAGCUAUUCUGACACCAAUAUCUCAAACCAUUGGAGGAAAACCAAUUCUUGGCACAAAUAUUGUUACAUCUAAAGGUACAGUUCUUACUCCAGUGACUGGUCAACAAGUUAAAGCGAUAGUGGCAAAAAGUCCGUCAAAAAGCGGUAAAGUGCAAUCUCAGUCGAUGCAACAGAAAGCACAAAUGUCUAGUAUACAAAAAGCCCAAAAAAUUCCAAUGUCUUCUUCAUCGCAAACUAGAGGUUCCUCAUCAUCAAAAUCAUCAAGUAAUACUAUGGUAUUCCAAAGUACUGGAUCGAGUUCCAAAGUUGCUUCACAAAAUAAAAAAAUAAGCAAACAAAUGGCUAUUCAACAGAGCACUGCUAUACAGAAUCUUUCAAGUCAAAGUAAUACAUCACAAACGGUAACAUCGCAAGUUCAACAGAAAGGAAAAUCUGUAUCUUCAUCCAAUGUCCAAAAAGUUUUUAUUCCUCGAAGCGGUGGCCGUCAGUCAAGAAAUCAGCAAAAAAUUGUCGUUCAAAAGAUGCAAGAAGCAAAUACAGCACAAAAUAUUCACUCAAAACAAAAUAUUUUAAGUCCUCAUACCACAUUACCCAAUAUUUCUAAGGCCAUAACACAACAUAAACACACAAGUGCAAAUACAAUGACCUCUAAAAGUAACACAAAAACUCAUAUGAUAAAUAAAGCUUCUCAGAAGAAUUUAUUAAAUAUUGCCAUGAACUCUGUAUCUGGUACAAAUCUAAAUACCAAUUUGUCUGCACCAUUAUCUUUACCACCUUUAGAACCUAUUGAACCAGAGAAAAAAUUGAAAAUAGAUAAUACAAUUAUUGAAAACGUACAAAAGGAUCAAUCAAAAGUAGAGAAAAUUCAUUCAGAAAAGAGUACAGAAAUGGAGAAAAUAGAUGAGCCAAAGGUAACUACCCAGCCACAGAUCAUGGCUUUACCAACAGAAAGUAGUGAUGGUACCCAAACCUAUGUUUUGGUAACUAUCGAUGAACAAGGUCAAAUACAACCAUUAGAUAAUAAUACACUUAUGUCCCUCGAGGGAACAACUCAAAAUCCAGAUGGAACAAGAACUUUAUAUAUAGAUCCUAGUUCAUUAGGAGAGGCUGGAACAUUGGAUAAUAUUGUUCUCCAAUUUGACAAUGGAGUCCUUCCAAAUGUAACAACCAGUACUAAUGAACCAAGCCAAACUAUAAUGUCAGAAAGUUUUCCUACGUCAGAAAUUAUACAAACAUCAAAUCAAGAUAUUUUAGCGGCAGCUCUAGCCAACACUGAUUUUCAACAAGAAAUUAAUCUACCUGAAAAUCCAACAGGAAGUGUAAUGACUACUGGAUUGACUCAGACUAGCUUAAUUAAUCAAACAAUUCUACAAUCAACCAUUAUACCACCAACAGAGCCAAUAUCUUCUCCAUCUGUGUUAGAGACAUCAUUGACUUUGAAUCAACCGAUUAUGACACCACUUGAAGUUCCAAGUAAUCUCCCAAUUCAAUCAGAGUCCUCAACUUCUGUAGUUUCAACAAUACCAUCUUCUUUAGAAUUACCAAUUACUAUUACAAAUCCGAAUAUUUCAUAUAUAUCUGCAGGAGAAACGCAAAUUCAAAUUCCUGGUAAUUCUAUGCCAGAUAUUGGAGAAAUUAUGGAUAGUUCAACUUCAACUGAAAUUGCAAGAACAGACAUUCCUACUAGUACUCAAUAUUUAGUAAUACCUAAUUUAGAUGAAAAUAUGACUGUUAAGACCCAAGAGGCUGUAAGUGGUACCAAUGUUUCUUAUUCAGUUUCAUUACCUUGCAAUAUUGUAUUAGAAACUACACAGGUACAAACCACUCCAUCAAUGCCUAUAAUAGAUGAUACAUAUGCAGAUAAUACUCAAUUUUCGACAUCCAUACAAAGUUCAAUUGCUACAGAACACAGUUUUGCUGAUGUACCAGUAUCUGAAAUGUUAGUUUCUAAAGCUUCUAUCACAUCUCCAGUAAAUGUACAAAUGUCAGAUAUUACAGUUGCAUCAGAAAUGAAUGUUACCACUCCAGAAGUUCCUAUAUCAUCUCAAAAUUCAUCUACUUCAACAAGUGAAACUUGUGUACUAAAAAAGACAGAGGAUACUACAAUGCCUUUAGAAGAAAUUUAUCCAUCUCAAGAAAUUCCUGUUUCAUCUCAAGAACUAAUUUUACAAGGAAACAUUAAAAAAGAUGUAACGCAUGACAUAACAGUUACUGCACAAGAAAAAAUAUCUGAUAAUGAAAAUAUAUUAAAUAUGCAAUUAGUGGAUCAAGCUGUAAAUUCUAUGACUAGUAGCAUGCCUAUUUUAGACAACAAUGCUUUAAUACAAACAGAAUCUAAUAUAAAAGUACAAUCUGUAGAACAUAUGACAUAUGAAGUAACAGAUUCAGGUGAUAUGGAAACCUCUUCCCAAGAAGCAGAUACUGAAAGUAAAUUUAAGCAAUUUUCUUAUAAGGAUGAUGUUGCUGAUAUUAAAGUUGCUUCACCAACGCUGGUAGAACAAACUACAACAACAAAUCAAACAGAAACAAUGCAUGAAGUAUUGCAAGGUAUGACUGUAGUCCAAUCGUUAAAUAAUACUAAUACAGAAGAUAUAAAAGUAGAAGAAGCUGUUGAUUCAGAAAUGUAUAAUUCUACAGUAAAACCGUCGGAAGAUUGUCAAACAGAUGAACCAUCAUCGCAAGAUGAAUCAGAUGGUAAUCAUGUCCAACGGAACAUUCAAAUACAUUUCGGAAAAACUCAAGUAGAAAGUAAUCAGGAAACGCCAUCGCAAUCCUUCGAACAAUUUGAUAUAUCAAUGACAAGUGAUCCUGCAGAUUUACCCAGUCAAUCUGCGUCUAAACUUGAAAAUUCUGGUGAACCAUCACAGUCAGUUACAUAUGAACCAAUGGAAACGGACGAAGAAACAAUUGCUGGAGAACCACCAACUCAAUCGUUCGAACAUUUAAAACAAAAUGAAGCUUCUCAGUCAUAUGAGACGUCUACUGAGAUGAAUGUAAAUGCACCCACGCAGUCUUUCAACGAACUAAUGCAAAGUCACGAUGGAAGAAUUGUUACGAAUGAAGCGAUUGAUGAUCAAAGUUUUCCAACACAAAGUUAUGAAGUUGGUAAAGUAGAAAAUAUACCGGAUAAUUUAGAAACAGAUGCAGAAAUUAGUCAAGAAGGCAAUAUACCAUCUCAAUCAAAUGACAUUGGGACUGAUGGUAUUGGCACAUCAUCGGUUUCUACUAAUAACUCUGGCCUGAAUGAAGAUGAGACAGCUAGUUCAUCAUAUGUUCCAGAGACUCCUGAAAAUCAAGAAAGAGAUCAGGAUCAAGAAAGUGCUAUAAGUACCUCAUCAUAUGAAAUCCCACCUUGUGAGGAAUUAAACAUUGCUUCAUCCAGUACAAUACCUGAUACAUCAGUUAGGACAGAACAUACGAGUAUCCAUGACAAUGGAGUACCUGAAAUACCUACAUCUUCAUACAAUCUAAAUCCAGAUAUUACUUCUACUCAUAUUGAUUCUGUACCUACAUCAAGUUAUGAGGAUCAAGUUAUAGUAGAACAAAAUGUUUCAACCUCUUAUGAGGUUCCAGUAUCAAUGCCUGGCCUAGAAGAAACGUCCUCACAAAAUUUUGUUACAGAAAGUACAGAUCAUAGAAAUGAACCCUCCAGCUAUUAUACCCAUCAUCAAGAAGUAACUGCAAGUUAUUACGAAUCUGUUGAUCAAGAAGGAAAUUCUAGAUUGGAAGAGGAUCCACAAGAGGAGGUAACUCCUAGUUAUUAUGAAGGUAAUCCACAAGUAGCAAGUCAAAGCUACUUUACACCAGAAGAAGCAACUCCAAGUUAUUCCAGUAGAAAUGUUUCUUCGGGUUAUUAUGGUCAUAGACCAGAGAGUGAAGCCAGUCAAAGUUAUUAUUCAGCAGAUGAUUUAGAAAAAACAGAACAAUCAAAUUCACAGAACAUUGAAGCAUCGCAAAGUUUUUAUCAAGAGCAUACUGAUGAAUUACGAUUAAGACAACAAGGAGAAGCUACUCCGACAUAUUCAGAACGAUAUCCCGUUGAUUAUACAUUGGACAAUUCGCCAAUAGAGAGGCAUGACCUUGUAGAAAGUUCUGUACCAGCCACUAAGCCUAUGGAAAGGUAAUACAUUGUUACAGAAUUUUGCAAAACAUUGUAAUGAGAAGUUUCUUUUUUAAAAUAGACUAUUCAGAGUUAUAGCUAUUGAUUGAUAAACUCGAGUCUAUUUUUAAAUGUACAUAGAAUGUUAAGGUUAUAAGUGCUUAGAUUUAAGGUUAAAUUUUCUUAUAAUAAUUUAUAUCUACUGAUCUAUCUACUGAUCUAUCUAUCUAUCUAUCUAUCUAUCUAUCUAUCUAUCUAUCUAUCUAUCUAUCUAUAUAUAGUAUCCCUCUAUAAUAUAUAGCG